AUGCGAAAGAACAAGAAAUCCAAGAAGGCUAGACGCCAUGCGAAGCUUCUCAAGCGGCUCGAGAUAAAAGCUCUUUCCGAAGGCGACCUGCACUUGAGCAAGACUGUAGGACCCAACAAAAACCACGAAGAUGGCCUUCAUGAGGAAGAUGCACCGUCCUCGCCGGUAACACGGUUGAUCCGCCUCAAGGUCACGAAUAGGGCGAGCAAGAACACCAAUCUCACCAUCACAUCCAUCCGCCGUGACGUUAGGCAGUUCAAGGACACCACGUCAACCGAGAUCAAGGAAAUGUUCAGUGACUUUGAGAACAAGAUGGCGAUGCAGCUCCACGCGUUGUUUAAGACCAGCAUGCGGAACGAAGAGGUUAUUGAGGACAUAAACAAGUCCGUGGCUGCCCAAGAGGCACACGCAUCCCAGCAAGCUAGAGAGAUGGACGCGCUGCGCUCAUACAACCACGAACUUCUAAACGUGCUUGCAGAGGAGUGGGAGGACAGCAAGACCGUGGAAAACGAGCUGAGACAUGCCCUGGAGAAGAUAGCGCAGAAUCACAAGGCUGCUAUGAAGGAGACGAUGGACAAUCAGAGGGAAUGUUUGCGAAGACCGAUUGAGAAGGCUCAAAAAGGCCAAUGUGGCUAG